AACAACAGGCUCAUGGUACCUACUGCAUAGAAGGAAUGCCUGGAUGGCUGGUUACCUAGUUCCUCAGGAUCCUGACUGGCUAUUGUAUCUGUGGCAUCCGCAGCUCCCUAGCCCAGCAACUGAUCAAGCUUAGAAGUUGACAGGCAGAAGAGGUGCAUGUUCGUGGUCUCCUUAGCUUCUGUUUCCCAGAAAGACGGCAUACUCACAACUCUGGAUUUUCGCUGGUGCCUCCGUUUCUUCCCCAAGAUGGGCCUCGCAGCGACUGGCUUCAGCACAGGCCUGGCCUUACUCCAGGUGCAGGAGGGAGGAUAAGGCAGGGCCGUGAACGGCUCACCUGGAUCAGUCCCAUGGGCCUGUCCCUACAUAGCUGCUGUCUUUGUGUGCCUGGUGAUAACUGUUAUACUGCCUUUGAGAAUGAGCGGUGAUGUUCUCUAGCUGCCUCUAGUAACAUCGUGGCUCUCCCUGGAUGCAAAGCAGCUGACUGGGACUUGGAAUUCUCUCCGAGAUAAAUGGACAGCACUGGCAGUCAGCUAUGACUGUCCAGAAACUUGUGGCCAUAGCUGUGCUGGUGGCCUUGGCUUCCCUCAUCCUCAAUAAUGCGGCUGCCUUCACUCCCAACUGGGUGUACCAGACACUGGAGGAUGGGCGCAAGCGCAGUGUGGGACUGUGGAGGUCCUGCUGGCUGGUGGACAGGGGCCGGGGUAGCCCUAGUUCUGGGACCAGAACUGGGCAGGUGGAUACACAGGACUGCGAGGUGCUGGGCUGGGGCUCGGAGUCAGCAGGUUUCCAGGAGUCUCGAGGCACUGUCAAACUACAGUUUGACAUGAUGCGUGCCUGCAACCUGGUAGCCACAGCAGCGCUGGCUGUGGGUCAGCUCACUUUCGUCCUGGGUCUGAUGGGUCUGACUCUGAUGUCACCUGAGUCCCAGUGCUGGGAGGAGGCCAUGGCUGCUGCAUUCCAGUUGGCAAGCUUUGUGCUGGUCAUUGGGCUGGUGACAUUCUACAGAAUUGGUCCCUACACCAACCUGUCCUGGUCCUGCUACCUGAACAUUGGUGCCUGCCUCCUGGCCACUUUGGCAGCUGCCAUGCUCAUCUGGAACAUUCUUCACCGCAGGGAGGACUGCAUGGCACCCCGGGUGAUUGUCAUCAGCCGUUCCCUCACAGCUCGAUUCCGCCGGGGGCUGGACAAUGACUAUGUGGAGUCUCCAUGCUAGUCACCCUUCUUAGGAUGUCACAAGUGAAUAUCCACUCUAAUGGAAUAUUCUAGAAACAAAUGGGCUUUCCCAGGCAGAGGCAUAGGAUAAAUCUGGGUUAUCUACAUACAACAUGUACGAUACUCAUGUACAUUUAGUAUGUUACAUAAGAAUAUAUCAUGUCUAUGUAUUAUGUGCAUCACUCUACUCCUGAUAGUAUCUUCCUUGGCUACCACAAUGCGGCUUCAUAUCAUGCACAUUUCCAGAGUGGAGACGAGAGCCUGAGAUGGGCAGGAGGUGAUGUGAGAGCCUUGGUCUCUACCUUUGUUUAGAAUUAAUUUAUUCUGCAUCUGCUGAGGUAGUGCCCGGUUACAUUUUACUUUCAUAAAGCAGAACACUAAGCUUUUCAUGAAAUGUCCAUGAUAUUCCUUGAGUGAAUCAGAAUUUAUAACCAGGCAGCAAUGGUUUUAUGCCAGAAUUGGGUUAGUAGUGUACGUUGUGUUCUGAUCAUUUUUCUAAAUUAAAAUAAAUGCAAACAUCUUAA